GCAAAUGUUGUUUCCAAAUUCAAAUUCGUACCCAAAAAAAAACGUAUGUUUCAAAACAAUAGAAAGAAAAUGCCACAACUUCAACCCGUUAAUAUUGGCUUUCACUUUUCAGCAGAGACCUUAAGCUUAAGCUUAAGCUUAAACUUAAACUUAAAUGUAAUUAACAGUCAAAAUCGUUGAUUGUUUAGAUCUUUAACACAAUCUGAGAGCUGGGUUUUCUCCCAUUCUAACAUUUCUGCAAUCAUUUCUGGAGAAAAAUGACUGAGGGUUUAUGCCCUUUCUUCAAGGAUGCUUUUGUUCUUAAGCCUCCAAAGAUGUCUUCCUUAACAAUAAAGAUGAUAAUGCUAGUGAUUGCUACAGUAUGUGGAGUAUAUAUUUGUUCAGUCUGUCUUAAACAAAUAAGCAACCAAACCAAGUCUAGUAUUGAAGUUAUUGGGAGACCAGGCAUUAUUUGUGAGACCAACAAUUUGAAUUACCCGUACUUGCAUUACCCACAGCCCGAAACAUUUAGCAGGGCUGAAUGUGCUGGAAAUCCAGUCCGGUUCUUUGUUAUAAUAACAAUGCAGAGAUCAGGGAGCGGAUGGUUUGAGACGUUGUUAAAUAGUCAUGUGAAUGUCAGUUCCAAUGGUGAGAUAUUCUCUGUGAUGGAUAGGAGAGAUAAUGUCUCCUCUAUUAUUAGGACUCUUGAUAAGGUUUACAAUUUGGACUGGUUCAAUAGUGCCUCCAAGAAUGAAUGCUCAGCUGCUGUUGGGCUCAAAUGGAUGUUGAAUCAGGGGCUGAUGGACUAUCCUGAAGAGAUAGUUGAGUAUUUUAACAGAAGGGGUGUGUCUGCUGUAUUUCUGUUUCGAAGAAAUUUACUGCGCCGGUUGAUUUCAGUACUUGCAAAUUCCUUUGACCGCCACGCUAAGAUAUUAAAUGGAACCCACAAAUCUCAUGUACAUUCUCUCGAAGAGGCUGAGACUCUUUCAAAAUACAAACCUCUCAUCAAUUCAACAUCACUAUUAUCUUCUCUGAAGGAAACGGAGUUCACGAUGGCACAGGCUUUAACCUACUUCAACAGCACUCGCCAUAUUACUCUAUAUUAUGAAGAUCUUAUCAAGAACCGCACUAAACUGGCGGACGUUCAAGAUUUUCUUGGGAUACCACAUAUGAACUUAACAAGCCGGCAAGUAAAGAUACACAAAGGUCAUCUGAGGGAGCAUAUCAAGAAUUGGAUUGAUGUCAAUAAGACACUCAAUGGAACAGCUUAUGAGAAGUUCCUUCAACUUGACUACUGAAGAGUUGUCGGCUAACGUGUACAUAAUGCUGGUUCGUAUAGUGAGCGUGGAAGCUGAGACCGAACGCAUGAAGCUUCCUUUUCAACUUACUGGGACCAGCUAAGUGAUCUUUAGAUUGUUCCCGGUUAAUGUUAUUUUGCGACAGUCCAUGAGAGCGCGGGAAUGUGUAGAGCAGUGAUAGGAAGUUGGGAAGCCCUUGUAUUAAUUUCAGUUAGGUAGGUAGGAUUACAGUUUCAUGCAAGUGAGCUAAAAUUUUGCAUAAUUGUAGUUUUUUUUUUUACUGUUUUAGGAAAAAAGGAUUGUGACUUGUGAGAGAGUUGAAAAACUCUUCUUGUUGUAGCUAAUUCAGCAAACUGUGGCUUGCUAGUGUACCAAUUGUUUGAACAGGUUAUGGGAAAGAUGAACGCAUGGCCAAAAAGAAGCGAUUGCCAUGGAUUUAUUA